AUGAACUGCUGGCCGCUAGGGCCACGAUUCCCUGCAUGGCUUCAAUCACAAAAAGAUCUUCGUAUUCUAGAUUUAUCGAAUGCAAGUAUUUCAGAUGUCAUACCUUCUUGGUUUUGGAGCCAGUUAUCCCAAAUCCAGAUACUGGAUCUUUCUCAGAAUCACAUUCGUGGUAGUAUUUCAAAGAUAUUUUCAUCGAUGGCAAUCUAUCUUGGUUCAAACAAUUUCUCUGGGCCACUCCCACGUUUCUCCCAUACCAUCCUGCAAUUAGAUCUUUCUGACAACUCAUUCAGCGGAUCUCUUUCUCCCAUAUUUUGUGAACAUGAAGAUAGUAAAAGGUCUCUGUCUUUUCUCGACCUGUCAAGAAAUCUUUUCUCCGAAGAACUUCUUGAUUGUUGGACGGGCUAUACAAAUCUAAUAGUUCUACAACUGGGAAACAAUAACCUGUCAAGCAAUAUACCAAGCUCCCUGGGUUCUCUAUCUAACCUUCAGUCAUUAGUCCUGAACAGAAACAAUUUGUCUGGAAAUUUGCCAUUAUCCCUGCAGGAUUGCAAAAAGCCAAAGAUUGUAGAUUUGAGUGAGAAUCAUUUUUUCGGGGGCUUAUCCAUUUGGAUGGGAAAUAGUUUGGUCGAUCUUGUGGUUCUUCAGCUUCGCUCAAACAAGUUUAGUGGUGGUAUUCCUCAGCAGCACUGUAAUCUCUGUUUUAUUCAAGACUUGGACCUGGCACAAAACAACUUAUCUAGAUCUAUUCCAGGAUGCUUUAGUAAUUUUGGUGGCAUGAGGAGACAACAACGUUCUACUCAAAUCAUUACAUUUUCACCAGAGGGAAAAUUUCCAGAAACAGUAACCUUGGUAAUAAACAGAAUAGCAUACGAGUAUAGCAAUGCACAACUUGCUCUCUCCUCAACCCUAGACCUCUCGAGUAAUAACUUCAUUGGAGAGAUGCCAGAGUAUUAA